CAUCCUUGCUGUUUUAUAUUAAGCAUAAUUGAUAGUAAAUAAAUAUCAUUGAGGUCGAGAGGCACCAUGAGUACUGGCAAGGGUUCCAACGCGUUGAUUCAGCAAUUGCUGAAGGCCGAGGAGGAAGCUGAGGCCAUCGUUAAGCGUGCGCGUGAAAAUCGUGUGAAGCUUCUUAAUGAGGCUAUUUCCGCUGCAGAGAAUGACCUCAAGGUGUUCAGCGAGACUGAGGAAAAACGUCUUCUUGAAGAGUACCACCAGCAACAUGGCGAUGAUGAACCUCAAUUGGACGAGUUGGACAAGAAGGCAAAGGAAAAGAUUAGGCAGUAUGAUGAGCGUUUUAGGGAGUGCAAGGACAUGCUUGUCAACAAGCUUGUAGCUGCCACCCUUGACAUUGACAUAACGAUUCCUGAUUCAUUCCGCUACUACAUGAAGCAGAAUUCUGCAUAAUGCGGUUGUUUAUCAUCGAAUAUCGUUGGUUACAAGGCUGUAUUGACGUGUACUAUACCGAUGCUAUCGAAAUUUGGAAUUUACUUAUCUGUAGCAAAUUCGAC